AUGGAAGUCCGCCACAUGGAGGAGACCAUUCACCACGAAAGCGCUCUGAACCAGUUGCGAGAAGAUCUCCGUUCAGCGAAGCGAGCACACGUGGAGGAUGUCCAGCUCUUAGCGGGGGAAUCUCGGAAAGACAUCGCAACGUCGGAGUCGGUUUACGAAGCACGAGACGAACAAAGAGCCCAGGAACUUGCCUCCUCUCGGGCCGAAGUACUCAUGAAGUCAGCCGAGCUGGAGCGAACGAAUACGGCCUUACACGAGAUUCAAGCAGCUGGACUCGUUCGGUCCGAAUGUGGGAGUUGCCCUGUCCUCCAAGAAGAAAUCCAAGUCCUCCAAAGAAGGAUUAGAGCGCUCGAAACUACUGUCAGUAACGAGGUCAACCGAACCGAGGGACUUGAAGCCUCCCUCGCCGAGGCAGGCAACUCACUCCGCGUCAGCGAACAGUGCACUCGAGAAGCCGUCGAACAGCUGGACCAUGAGAGAGUUCAAUUCCAACUGGCCCUGCAGGAACAACAAAAGAGCCGGCUCGACCUUGAGCGGACAACAGAGGAUCGAGUCCGUGUCAUGAUUACGGAACGAGAAUCGAAAGGAGCCGAAGAAGUACUACUGGAACGGACUCGAGUCGAGGCCGAACGAGGUCAGUUAACUCUAGAGCGUGCAGCAAACGAAGAAGUCUUGGCGCGUAUCUUUGAAGGACUGGCGAACCAAGACGCUAACAUGCGUCUCCUCGAGGAUGCUGAGGAACAAUUGCGCAGUGAUCGGGAAAAUCAUGAAGCUAUGUUAGCUCAAGCCUACGCCCAACUUGGACGUCAGUAA